AUGGAAAACCAUGAAGACAUUACUUCAUCAUAUAUCACCACUUGCGUUUUGAACGCUUUCUUAUCAUACAGUGCUGUAAUGUUAAACUGUUUGACGAUCUACGCCUUAACAAAACUCUCAUCAUUAUUAAGACCUUUAAAAACCCUGCUCUUAAGUCUGGCUGUUUCUGAUCUGGGUGUGGGUUUGAUGGUGCAGCCUUCGUACAUUGCGACUCUCGUCAUGGAAAUGGAGCGAAAAACUGAAAACAAUCCAGCCUAUAACAUAGUCUUCAAAUUCUACGCCUUCACGGUGAAUUUGUUUGGUUAUGCGUCUUUCUUUGGAGUGACUUUUUUAAGUUUAGAUGGAUUCAUCGCUGUGUGCUUAUUUCUCAGAUACCAAGAACUUGUGACCCACAAACGUGUUGUCGCUGUAAUGGUUUCAAAGUGA